GUGUGUUUGUUGUGUGACAGGCCGCUGCGGGGAACAUCAUCAACAUGUUGUGGCAGCUGAUGGAGAACGGUCUGGAGGAGCUGAAACUCCUACAGACGGUCCUGGUGCUGCUCACCACCAACACAGUGGUACACGAUGAAGUACUUUCUAAGGCCAUUGUGCUGUGUUUCCGUCUUCACUUCACCAAGGACAACAUCACCAACAACACGGCGGCCGCCACCGUCAGGCAGGUGGUCACCGUGGUCUUUGAGAGGAUGGUGGCUGAGGACGAGCGCUACCAAGGGAUUGUAGAGCAUCCUCCUCCUGUCCAGGGAAACACCAACCGGCGCUCUGUGAGCACGCUGAGGCCCAGUGCUAAGGAUGCAUACAUGCUGUUCCAGGACUUGUGUCAGCUGGUGAAUGCCGACGCCCCCUACUGGCUGGUGGGGAUGACAGAGAUGACCCGGACCUUCGGCCUGGAGCUGCUGGAGUCUGUUCUUAAUGAUUUCCCCGGGGUAUUCCUACAGCACCAGGAGUUCAGCUUCCUCCUGAAGGAGCGAGUGUGUCCCCUCGUCAUCAAGCUCUUCUCCCCCAACAUCAAGUUCCGGCAGGGCAGCAGCUCCGCCUCACCGGCUCCUGUGGAGAAACCUUAUUUCCCCAUCUGCAUGAGGCUGCUGCGCGUGGUCUCGGUCCUCAUCAAGCACUUCUACAGCUUACUGGUGACAGAGUGUGAGAUCUUCUUGUCUCUGCUGGUGAAGUUUCUGGAUGGGGAGAAGCCACAGUGGCUGAGGGCGGUGGCUGUAGAGUCAGUCCAUAGGCUCUGUGUGCAGCCACAUCUACUACGCUGCAUGGUGGGAAAAACGACUGGAGUUACUGUGUGCCUCAAACUGCUUGAGAAUGGUAAUGCCGCUAAUUGUCAGUCUCGCACCCCUCCGUCAUCGUGCUGUGUGUCUGCAGGGGAUUUCUUCGAGGCCUGGGAGGUGCUGCUGAACCACAUCCAGUCGGCGGCGCUCAGCAAAAACAACGAGGUGUCCCUGGCUGCCCUCAAGAGCUUUCAGGAGAUCCUCCAGAUCGUCACGCCUGUUAGAGACUGGGACAAAGCAGGGGACGCGUUCACUGCCAUCGGCGUCCCCCCUGUUCUCAUCGACCCCCUCUCGGCGUACGGCCCCGGCAGACCCCUGGUGCGCUCGGACUCUCUGGUCGAGCGGCUGACGCGGUACAACGGCGCCGAGCUGCAGGCCCCUCCCCCCGGAGAGGAGUCAGCCUUAGAGGACUCUGCGUUGUGGUGGUCGGCGUGGAACACGUGGUAUCGAACAGGAACGGACAGCACGCGGCCCCCCAGCGGCCCCACGGAGAAGUUCUCCUUCAUCCCCAGCCAGCCCUUCCUCACAGCGUUGAUCCAGAUUUUCCCGGCGCUCUACCAGCACAUCAAAUCCAACUUCAGUAUGGAGGACCUGAAGAAGCUGGGGGUCAUCCUCCACGGGGCCGUGUCCGUGCCCAUCAGCAGCGACGCCUCGCCCUUCAUCCUGCCCUCCUACACUGAGGCGGUGCUCACCAGCCUGCAGGAGGCCGUGCUCACCGCGCUGGAUGUCUUGCAGAAGGCCAUCUGUGUGGGACCGGAGAACCUGCAGGUCAUGUACCCGGCCAUCUUCGAACAGCUGCUACUCUUCGUGGAGUUCUCCUGCAAGCCUCCUCAGUACGGCAGGAUGGAAACCAAACACGUGGCCAAUGCCAAAUACAACCAGAUCCAGCUCUUUGCACCGGCAGAAUGGGUUGCCUUAAACUACGUGCCCUUUGCUGAGCGCUCCUUGGAGGUGGUGGUGGACCUGUACCAUAAAACGGCGUGCCACAAAGCUGUCAUCAACGAGAAAGUUCUGCAGAACAUCAUCAAGACUUUAAGAAUGCCCUUGGGUUUGAAGUACGCCUGUCCAUCAGAGAGCACCUGGAAGCUGGCCGUUUCAUCUCUGCUCAAGGUGCUGUCUAUCGGGCUGCCGGUGGCGCGGCAGCACGCCUCGUCUGGAAAGUUCGACACUAUGUGGCCGGAGUUGGCCAAUGCCUUUGAAGACUUUCUUUUUACCAAAAGCACACCCCCAGAUAACGUUUCUAUCCAAGAGUUUCAGAAGAAUGAAGCCAUUGAUGUAGAGGUGGUCCAGCUGAUCAGCACAGAGAUUUUACCGUUUGCCAACUUCAUCCCCAAAGACUUUGUUGGCCAGAUAAUGGCCAUGCUCAAUAAAGGCUCCAUUCACUCGCAGUCUCCCUCAUUUACAGAGGCCGAGAUCGAUGUGAGGAUGAGGGAGGAGUUUUCUAAGGUGUGUUUCGAGACGCUGCUGCAGUUUUCCUUCAGCAACAAGGUGUCCACUCCACAGGAGGGCUACAUCUCUCGCAUGGCGCUGUCUGUGCUCCUCAAGCGGUCCCAGGAUGUUCUCCGACGCUACGUAGAGGACGAGAGGUUGAGCGGACGCUGCCCCCUGCCCAGGCAACAAGUGACGGAGAUUAUCUUUGUGUUGAAAGCCAUCAGCACUUUGAUGGACUCGCUUAAAAAGACACAGCCAGAGAAUGUGGAUGGCAACACAUGGGCUCAAGUGAUCGCCCUGUACCCGACACUUGUAGAGUGCAUAACAUGCUCCUCGACUGAGGUGAGCUCGGCCCUGAAGGAGGCCCUGGGGCCCUUUAAAGACUUUAUGCAGCCACCUGUGUCCAGAGUCCAGAACGGAGAGUCCUGACCAGGCUCACUCAAAUUUGUUUUUUUUAUAACAAAGAAAUCUUGAAUGUGUCUUCUCCACCCACGUGCUUCACAAGUGCACGGACAUGAACUCAACGUGAGCCCCAUCUACAGUGACAUGAAGUGACCCCUGACGAAGAGAGAUCCAAUGAGGCCAACGCCCCCCCCCGACCUUCAUGCGCAUCAUCGUACGCUUCUCAUGUGAGCCGAUUACUCAUCUGGCCACUCCAUUCUCAUUCAGACUGACUGCACUCUUGAGUUAACUACAGAGAUUUGAAAAAGAUUGCAGUGUUGCCUGUUUGUUUUAUUCUCCUGAUGAGGUGGAAUCGAUGUACAGUGUGUGGUGAUAGUGUUGAUGAUGUAAUUCACAAAAAAAUGCAACAACUGGGGCUUUCUUGAUCUUAAAAAUUAACACUUAAACUUUUCCAACAUUUUCAACAGUAAGGAUUUUAUGCAAGAAAACAAAUCUUACUGUAACAUUCCAUGUCAUCUAUAGCCAGCCAUCUGAGAAGGGAUGUACCUGUCUGUGUAAAAUAAAUGGGAUAAUUCUACGAUCA